UGGGUAUAUGUACAGCACCAGCUUGCGCAGUGAACAAAUUACCGCCGACGAUUAGCUGAUAUUUUCUGUUCGGUGAUGGUUGGGUGUUCGUUGGAAAUACUAGUGACCAUGUUUUUCGUUUAAAGUUAACGCAGGAAAUGAAAAACACUUUCUGAUAAAAUUUUGACUCGUGUAGGCUACGUUAACGUAUCAGCUUCGACUGCGAAUAUACUGUUUUUGGACUUACAGCAGUACAGUGUAAUCUAUGCUGUACGUCAGCAUACGGUUGGGAUUCGAUUUUUGUCACCCGGUGUUUAGCUGCUGCCAGAAUGACCUUGAUUGAUGAUGUGCCAGUAGUAGACAUCAACAAAGCGGCACUGUCCUCAUUGGAGCAGAGUUUGUAUGACAACAGCAGUCUGUUCCGUGCGUGUCUGCAUUGUGAGCUGGAGAACAACAGCGCCAGUGGCCUGCUGAGUCCCACACCGCACCAGUUACGGGCCUGCUUACUGUGGCUGACCAAUGUAAACUAUUCUGCGCAGUAUUUUAUGGAUCCGUGCAAUAUCCGAAGGGUCACAUUCUACCCGUUAGACUAUCGCAUUGUCGCCACGAUCCUCCAUACCAUCAUCUUCAUUGUGGGAUUCUUCGGCAAUAUUCUAAUUUGUUUUGUGGUGCAUAGUACCAAGAAACUUCACACGACCACGUAUUGCUACUUGGUUUCCUUAGCUAUGGCGGAUUUACUGCUUGUUUCAUCAGCGAUCCCACAAGAAAUACUAGCACAUCAGCUGUAUGGAAAACAAUGGAUCCUGGGACAAGCGGGCUGUUCAAUUUUGGUCUUUAUGAGCUUUUUAUCCAUAAACGCCGGGGCGCUAAGCAUUCUGGCCUUUACUGUCGAGCGCUACAUUGCCAUCUGCCAUCCGGUAAAGGCCCACAUCAUCUGCACCAUGAGCCGCGCGCGGAAAAUCAUUAUCGCCAUCUGGGUCACCCUCAUCCUGUACUGCUGUCCCUGGCUGGGCUUGGCGCUCAUUAAACCCUUGCCCCGUCUGGAUGCGCCGGGCUUGGUAUACUGCGACUACCGUCUGCCGCGCAACGACUAUCUGUAUUUCUACUUAGCGGACGCCACCAUCUUCUACCUCGUCCCGCUGAUUCUCUCCCUCAUUCUCUACACGAAGAUUAUCAGCGUCCUGUGGGAACACGUCAACAGUUUCCGCCGGGAUAGCGAUAGCAACUAUACCGCCACGCGUCGGCGCUCGUCGGCGGUGGGCGGGGAUAAAUUGAUGCUGGAUGUCGCCGCGAAAGCGCGGUUUUCUAUUGUCAGCGGGCAUCCCCAGGCGGACGCCGUGGAGCAUUCGGGCCGGGCACGCUGGCAGGUGGUGCGCAUGCUGAUUGUCGUGGUGGUGCUGUUUGCCGUGCUGUGGUUGCCGUAUCGCGGAUUGUUGGUGUACAAUUCACUGGUGGCCACACCCUUCCAAAAGAGAUGGUUUAUGUUACUGGCUAAAACACUGGUGUUCUGUAACAGCGCCAUCAACCCCUUUUUGUAUACUAUCUGCUGUCCGAAGUUCCGCAAUGCCUUUCUUGGAAUAUUAUCUGGACGUCAAAAAGAACCUGCUCAUGGAUUUACUUCGAGACGCAAAUCAUUCUCACCCUUGUAGAUGACCGUCUGUAAAACGGUUGCACCUGGAUGAUUAAAAAGCGCAGAUGAAUUCAGUAUCUUCCACUGAUGAAUAUUAUUCUUAAAUAAAACUAUGCACUGUAAUUUAUCAUGGGUGUUUUGCUUUUAAAAGUAGGUAGAUUUCUCUAAAUGUGAAAAGGCUCACUGGCCGCAAACAUGCUGCACACGCUCCCUGAACUGGUUUAGUAAGCAGUGCCCAGAUAG